AUGCCCAGGCUGCUCUGGGCAGAGCUGGUGACCUUCGGUCAGUUCCUGCGGGCUGGGAAGGACACGGGCCUGCAGCCUCCCCCAGCCGGGAGUCGUUUGGCACUUCCUAGUGCCACGGCCGGCGAGCGCGGAGCUGUGAUCGAUGGGACCCCUUGUUCUUUAAUUAGUCGCUUCAUCCUGGGAGAACUGACCGGGUGCUGCUUCCCGUUGCCGCGCCGCGGCCGCGCCGAGGGGCUGGGCCCCCCCCAGCAGCCGUGCGCAAGCCGCGUGCUGGCUCUGUCCCCCGCCAGGGCCCGUGCAUGGGCUGAGAGAGGCUCUGUGUCCCGUGUGCCGGCAGAGCUGGGGGCAGGGCAGCUCACGUCUCUCUCCCUGGCCCUAGUUCCCAUCGACGCCACGCGGGGCGUGAAGAUGCUCUAUGUGUUCGUGGACAUCAAGAUCGACACGGCCCACUUUGUGGAAACUGUCCAGUUCAACUUCCCCAAGGGCGCCUGCCUGGCCCUCGUCAGCACCAUCCAGUUCGUCUCUGCUCUGCAGGCGGCAUCCCAGGAGCUGCGCUCCGAGUACAAGGUCAGCAUCCCGCUCCUGGGCUGCACGUCCCCCCGGCUGGCCCCGGACACGGACGCCGUCGUGUACCUGGGGGACGGACGCUUCCACCUGGAGUCGGUCAUGAUCGCCAACCCCAGCAUCCCUGCCUACAGGUACGACCCCUACGGCAAGGUCUUGUCCAGGGAGCACUAUGCCCACGAGCGCAUGCAGCGCGCCCGACAGGAGGCCAUCCGCACCGCCGCCCGCGCCCGCACCUGGGGCCUCAUUCUCGGCACCCUGGGGCGCCAGGGCUCCCCCUCCGUCUUGCAGCACCUGGAGGUGCGGCUCCAAGGCCUGGGCCUCCCGUUCGUCAGGGUGCUGCUCUCCGAGAUCUUCCCCAGCAAGCUGCAGCUUUUCCCCGACGUGGACGCCUGGGUGCAGGUGGCUUGUCCCCGGCUGUCCAUCGACUGGGGAGGAGCCUUCAGCAAGCCGCUGCUCACACCCUACGAGGCUGCCGUGGCACUGAAGGAAAUCGAGUGGCAGCAGACUUACCCCAUGGAUUUCUACGCCAGCCAGUCCCUGGGGCCCUGGACAGCCAACCAUGCCAGCCACCGGCCACAGAGGACCACCAGCCAGCCCACGCAGAGGGAGCUGCCUGAACCUGUGGCACCCAUGGAUGCUGGUGUGGGGAAGCAGUGCACCGAAUGCAGGUGUCCAGACCAGCCCUCACUGCAGCCAGAACACCCCUGAACCCCCAAGCCACAGGGACAUUGGCAGGCACAGCCCUGCAGUUACCGGCACAGGCAGCAUUGCUCUCAGGAAGGGCUGUCUCUGACUUGGAGACUGAUGGAAGGGGCCACCCAGCCCUGCAGUGUCUGACACCCAGGGCAGGUAGCAU